AUGAGUAAACACAGUAUUUCCCACUCCGAGAAUGCUGUCGGUGGUGGUGGCGCAUACGGAGGUGGCAAGAGGAAGACGUGUAUGAGGCAUUGUGCGAGGUUCUGGUGGAUCCACUUGAUUGGUGGCAUCGCAGGAAUCCUCCUCGUCACUCUAUUAAUAAUUCUUGUUGCCGUGCCAAAAAUUGCGCAGAAGAAGAUUGAUGAUGCCCAGCUCACGGUUGACGGGAUCAUCGUUUCCAAUACAAAACCGAAUUCAUACAACAUGGCCAUCAACUCGACGCUUAGGUCAGACGGCUCGGUCAAGGCCACAAUUGAGCCUUUUGACGGCAUCAUGUACCUGACAGACCUUCCGGAGAAGAAGGCCUUUGUGAAUCUCAAAUUCCCCGAGACUAAGUCAGUCAAGCUGCAGACCGUCAAUAUUAGCCAGCCCGUCGAGAUCACCGACAUGGCGGCUUUCACCACCUUCAACACCUGGCUCCAAAAUAACGAGUCUGUCAGGGUCACGGUUGAAGGCAAUACACACGUCAAGGUCAAUGGCAUUGCCAGGCGUUACGGUGUUACUUUCAGGAACACGAUGACCUUGAAGGGACUGAAUGGUUACAAGGGCCUCAAUGUCACGGACAACACCAUCUCUCUCACCCCGGACGCUCAAGGUGACAACUUCAAGGGCCACGUCUCCAUCCCCAAUCAUUCUGUCCUCACACUGGAAAUCGGCAACGCCUCCUUUACCAACCUUUUGCACGGCCAGGACAUUGGAACCGUCUACCUUGACAACCUCGUCCUCUACCCAGGCAUGAACAACGUCACCAUGCGCGCCAACAUUUCCCAAGCCCCCGUCCUCGCCGCCUUGGGCACCAAACCAGCCUGCGAUACUGGUGUCAUUCCCUUUAGCCUCCGCGGUAAGGACGUCAUCAGCAAUGGCCAGAGAUUGCCCUACUUUGGCGAUGCUCUCUCUUCCGGCGAGGUCGUCACGGAUAUUAACAUUGGAGCAUCGCUGAAAAAAUCUCUGAAUAUCACCAUUACUUGCACCGGUCAAAGGUCCAAGCGAGUAUUUUGA